ACAUCAAUACAUUUUCAAGCCCAAAAACGUGUGUCACUCAGAAACUGGAGAAAAAGAAAAGCCCAAAGAUGAAUUAAAUCCCCAAAUCCGAAGAAAAAUAAAUGAAACAAAUAUUAGGGUUUAACGCAACACAUUUCUUCACAAACCUACCAAAAGUCCAAAACAAAAGAAGAAUUCAUUCAUCAUUCAUACUCACACCAUUAAGUAAUCGAAGAUUCUAGAAGAAGCCUGAGAUUAUGGCAACAGCAACAGCAGCAGUAGCGGCAAAGAGGAAGCCAGUGUUCAUAAAGGUUGACCAGCUGAAACCGGGAACCAACGGUCACACGUUGACCGUUAAAGUCGUUUCUUCGAAGCCAGUCAAGACUGUAGGAACUAAGGGACCUCGAUCUUCUUCUUCCAUGCUCCUCUCUCGCCCUUCCCGCCGCCCCUCUCGCAUCUCCGAGUGCCUCAUCGGAGACGAAACCGGCACCGUCAUCUUCACCGCUCGUAACGAACAAGUGGACGUUAUGAAUCCAGGGGCGACGUUAAUUCUACGAAAUGCAAAGAUUGACAUGUUCAAGGGAUCCAUGAGGCUAGCAGUUGAUAAAUGGGGGAGGAUUGAGGUCACUGAACCUGCAAGCUUUCAAGUUAAAGAGGACAACAAUCUUUCUUUAGUUGAAUAUGAACUGGUUAAUGUAGUUGAGGAGUGAUUAUAUUUUCUUCCUGUCUCGGGCUUGAAUCUUUUUUCUAGUUAUUAGAGGUUCUGAUUUUUGUUUUGACCUAAGUGAUUUGAUUGCUGUGCAGUUUUCAUGUGGUAAAGUCUUGGUUGUGUUAGGCUUAUUAUUGUGCCUAUGCUUCACAUGCGAAGCAAAUAUUUGUUUUAUAUUGGCCUUAUUGGCUACGUAUGAUAAUAUAUCCCUUGGUCUUUCCACAAAUUCAGUUAGAA